ACUUCAACACCAACCCAAACCAGCUCCUCGGUACGACGCCGUUUUAGUCCAUCUCCGAUCACUCUCCGAUGGCUUAUUCCGGCACGCCUAGUUUUGGAAAGGCAGGUCAAAGUAACGAAGCAGAUCAUAUUGAUCCUGACAAACCCAUUUUCAAUGUGGCACCUUUAAAUAGCAUGCCGUAUAUUCCCCCAAGCACAGAGAGAUCAGGCGCCAGAGAGUCUGGUGAACAAAGGAAAAUGGAGCCAGCUAUGGUGCUUCUACCUUCACUCGCAACAAGAGAAGAGCGGGAUAGAAUUCUGGAAACCAGCAAAGGGGUUGUAUUGACUGGAGUUGCUGCAACAGGACAGCUGGGACCCAUAAUAGGAAAGGUCGACAUUGGUGAAGCUGAUGACUCGUACUUAUUUCGCGUAUCCCUGCCAGGUGUUUCAAGGGAUGAAAAUUUUAGUUGUUCCAUUGAGGCUGAUGGAGAAGUGAAAAUUAAAGGAGUGACUACAACAGGCGAGAAAACAGUGUGCAAGAACUCCAUGGUCUUUCAGAUGCUCACACAGAACCUUGCCCCAGCAGGUUACUUCUCUAUCUCCUUCCACCUUCCUGGCCCAGUUGAUUUCCAGCAGUUCACUGGCUCCUUUGAGACUGAUGGGAUUCUCGAGGGCAUUGUGAAGAAGAAGAUGUGAUAGAGUUUUCAGCUUAGAGAGGUCUAAUUUGGUUGAAGUGGACUCCACAGGGUUAGGAUACACAGUAUGUAGUUUAAUAUUGAUCACAGUAUGCUUGGCAUUGCCGAAUGUACUAGUGCUUAAGGCUCUGGCAAGUUGUUGUAUGUUAGUUUUACCUUUCUGUUUGUUGU